AUGAACAGAAACCAACGCAGACUCGGUAGACAGCAUCAGAAGCGGCUUGAGGAGGCUAAAUAUAUUAAGACAGAAUUAGAAGAGGUACUGUCACCGAAAAGUAAGAGGGAUCCUUUCAAAUUACAAAGAUUCACGACGAACAAAUGCUGCCAUGUGGCACCCACUUCUGAAGAUUUUGGACAAAGCACUGAUGAUGCAACUGAUCGAGCGAUUGAUGAAAACGAGCUAACCGAUAAGUACCAGAAUAUACUCAAAGAGCAAUUCGGAUUUGACCCACUAAUGCCAGAAACGAUAAAACAAUUAAAAGAAUUGAGAAAAGUGCUCUGUAACAACACAACUAAAGUUGAGAAUUGUUCGCAAUAUGCUGAGGAAAAGAAUCAGUCUUGUUCUGAGUUUGCUAAUAUCGAUGGAACUAAUUGGCAGACUGUUGACAACGAAAAAGAAAUUGAUAAGUAUAUCUCCCACAAAAAAGGAAAAUCAGACGCGUGUUUAUACAUGCCAGAAAACGUACGAAUAAUAGAACCACCUCGGAUAAAAAUCAUUGCAAAGAAAUUCUCGAAAUGCAAGAGAAACAACAUAGAACUACGAAAGCUUGACGAAAAAGUGGCUUGUGUGGAAUACGAUGUUUUCAUUGGCAACGAUGAGACGCCUAGGGAAAAACUAAGGGCGUUCUUUUCUAUAAAACCCAAAUAUGGAAAGAAUGGCUGUGAGAAAGCUCUGGUUGAUAAAUUCAACAAAGUCUGUGACGACCUGAAAAAAUUCCCUGAGAAAGAGAUCGAAAUCAUUGGCCGCAAAAUAGAAGAGAACAAAUCCUACUUGGACGACCUAAAGAGAAUUUUGAGAAGAAAACAGGCUAUAUUUAAUAAAAAGAAUAGGAACACUUUAGAUUUGAUGUCUCUUUACGAGAUGGCUAAGAGGGAAAGUCCCCCUUUGGCCGAUGGUUUCUCCAGUACAAACUUUCUGUCUAAAGCUGAAUUGCAAGAGAUGAAAAAUUUAAUUCUAAAGAAAUGCGGUUCGAGCGUUCACGGCAUAAAUAGAAGAACAUUGAAGGAGGGAUCGAGUGUAAAGGCUGGCAACAUGGGUUUUAUAUCUCAGAGUAUUGUUGAUGAAUUAUGGAGAGAAACAGGUGAUAUUGACAAAUAA